UAAGAUUCUUCAGCGAUCCCAACUGUAAAAUUGUCUCGCGACAGUGUUUAAUUACAGACGAAACUUAUUAAACAAACCUUCUUUAAACAUCAAAGGAUUUAUUUUUUGCUCUUCCAUCAAAUCAGACAUUUCACAAUAUGUCCAAAGAGAUAAAUUUUAAAUAUUAAAUAAAAAAUAAUUUAUAAAAAUAAGCAAAAUGAAGUUCAUGGACAAAUUGCCGACGGUGAUUAGCUGUUGUUUCUGCUGCUUCCUCCGGGCCGGUACUGUGAUGAUCGCGACCUUCUCUUUUAUUGUCGGUCUCAUCUUCGCCCCCAAUAUGAACCAGACACCUGGCUUCUGGGAUAUGGAUGCUGUUCUCUCUAACUACAGCACUGCUACAGAGACAGCCAUACAAAUGACAUUAGGGCUCAUCUCAGUAGUCUUGUGCUGUGUCAGCGUUCUUUUAGUCAUCGGAGCUUGCUGUAACGUUCCAGUCUUGAUCGAGAUAUACCAAUGGGGUGUCAUUUUGUAUAGCAGUAUUGUGGUGUUUCUCUUCAUGAUUUUGGCAAUCAGUUGCUUCUUCAUUCACACCAAUUGUUAUCUCGCCGGCGGCGCGUUGUGCGCUCUUAUCAUAUUCGAUGUUUUGUUGACGGCUUAUUUCGUGAUUGUGGCAAACAGUCUCAGGAUGUCUCUGAAAUAUUUGACAAAUGAAGAACUAAUGAUAUGAACAUUGUUUUCAAAGUUACAAGUUUUAGUUCUGUAUUUGACAAUAAAAUGUUAAAGUUUUCUCUUUAAUUUUCUUCGCAUUUGAAAAAGGCAAUUAUAUGUCAACGCAACGUUUUCCUUACAUUGUGGCUAUAAUUUGAACAGCGAAAUUCAAUGUUGUCUAAUUAGCAAAAUAUUACUUUAUAUAUAUAUAUAUAUAUAUAUAUAGUUAGCAUUAAUAGUUACGUUUAGAUAAUCUCACCUUUGCUAUCUCGUUAAUACUUAAUAUUCAUUCCGG